GUCUAUCAGAAAUUUCUUUGUUGAGCGAAAAAUAAAAACGCCUAGGUUCUCCUGCUCCUUUUUUAGUAGUCCUGCUUACCAUUACAUUCCCUAAAGACGAAUAAUGAGACUCGCUGUUUAUGGUGGAGCGUCUUUUAUGCUCGCGCUAGGCGUUGUUCUGUCAGCAUUACAUCAAAACUCGAACUUCUAUGCAGCAUGCGUCUACCUUUCAAAAUCUAGCUCAUGUGUGAUGGUACUUUUGAACCUGGGAUUACUCUUCUCUAUUAUUAUGGGCAAGACUUUGCAAUCCAUUUUCUUUGGCCAACUUCGAGCGAUUGAAGUAGAGCAUCUGUAUGAACGUUCGUGGUAUGCUGUAACAGAAACCUGUCUCGCAAUGACCAUAUUUCGCGAGGAAUUCGAUCUUCAGUUUGUACUUGUGUUUGCGACCUUACUCUUCCUAAAGAUAUUUCAUUGGCUUUGUCAAGACAGAGUUGAAUUUAUGGAACAAUCUCCGUCUCAUCGUAUGACAUUUCAUGUCCGUAUGGUGAACCUUAUGGCACUUCUUUUACUCAUCGAUAUUCUACUGGCAUGCCACGCUAUUAAUGUUACCAUCACUAAAGGUCCCAAUAUGAUGAUAAUGUUUGGAUUUGAGUAUACCAUAUUGAUUUGUAUCAUGACUUCAAUUAUUGGAAAAUACAUACUUAAUGUCGUUGAUAUGCGCUCACAAGAACCAUGGGAAGGGAAAUCCAUGUAUGUGUUUUACUUGGAUCUUGUCACAGAUUUCUUCAAGCUUAUUACCUACAUCGUGUUUUUCAUUUUCCUUUGUUUCUUCUACCAGCUUCCUUUACAUAUUGUCCGUGAUGUAUAUGUCACCUUUAGAUCUUUCAUCCAGAAAUGCCGUGAUUUGUACCGCUACCGGAGAGCGACCCGUAACAUGAACGAACUUUAUCCAGACGCUAGUGCAGAAGAUUUACUUCGUACAAGUGACAGUACAUGUAUUAUUUGUAGAGAAGAGAUGCAUGCUAUAGUAGUGGAUAACAAUGGACAUGCGGAUGCUCCGGGAGAUAUUGAUCAAAAUUUAGAUCAACCAAAAAAGCUACCAUGUGGUCAUAUAUUUCACUUUUACUGCCUGCGAAGCUGGCUGGAAAGACAACAAAGCUGCCCAACCUGGUUAGUUACCAGUAUUACAUUAACAUUGAUAAGAAACCAAUACUAA